UGAAGACUGCUGUAGAUAUCGUCGCAUUUGCUAUUAUGUCAGUUGCGUAAUGAGAUUUUCGUAAGUUUUUUGGUAACACUGCAGCGGUCAAACGGUUACAGAAAUAGUUGCGACGCGCGGCUCGUUCGUUGAAUGCUAUCUAUUGCAAUCAUUGCACAUCAAUGCAAAGACUUUUUCUAAGUUUUAAGAAGUUCGCAGCUUGAGAGGUCAAUGAGCUCAACUGGCGUAGAUGCAAAAUACCCAACAGAUACAAAAAAGCACGGGGCAAAUACUUUGGAGUUUUAUUAAAGACUUUCUGUAUUUAUAUUUGAAGUUUUUGCUGUACGCUGUUGUUAUUUACAUACUGUUCUACUAUUACGACUACUAUUUAGGAUAGUGUAGACAGACAGCGAUGUGAAGUGAUAUUGUGAGAAUUGUGGAACUUAUCAAGUGAUAAAGUUAUUCAAUAUAGUCACAACGGACCAGUCGGGUUACACUGGCAGAAUGAAACGCGCUCGACACAGAUGGCUGGGACUCAGCUUAUUUUGUGUGUUAAUGUUGGUGGUGUCAGUCGAGGUGCCGGGCGCACGAGCAGUGCGCGCCACCUCGCUCAUCUUCGCCAAGACUUCCAGCACCACCAGCUCGCCGGAGGACACCUCGGAGGCAGAAGAUGAUGCAUUGACAGAGACGACUGCAGAGGGCGUUGAUGGCGCGGAGGCUCAGAACGCGACCAAGAAAUUGUCUGGCAUCCCCCAGAUAGACUACAUUUACGACCCAAAUCUUCCUCGGGAACUCAACGGAUACAAUCUGUCAGACUACCCCUUCUAUGAAGCAGUACCUAAACCCGAGACCAUGGACUUUAAAUGUGACGGACUGCAUGACGGAUUCUAUGCCUCUGUACCUCACAAAUGUCAGGUGUAUCACCACUGCUUGUUUGGUACGCGGUAUGACUUCCUGUGCGCCAACUACACUGCCUUCGAUCAAAAGACUUUCAUCUGCCACUUCGUCUCCGAGGUCGACUGCAAAAAUUCACCCAAUUACUUUAGCAGGAACGAGGCUUUGUACAAAGCGGCGACGACAGCGCCUCCCCCGCCUCCGCCGACCACGACGACCACCAGCACAACUACAGCCCCCCCGCGCCCGCAACGCCCCCCGCGACGCCGUCGUCCCAACUACAGAUAUGAUUACUACGAUGACGAGUACUACUACCCCGCCAGAGACGACUACGACUACGGCUACGAAGAACGGGGUGGCAGAACACGUAGACCGCAAGGAAGACCAGCUAGGCCGGCUAAAAGAAGACCCUACGAUGACUAUGAUGAGAAAUAUGAACCUAGGCCGAGGCCAAGGGAUGAAAGUGAAGACUACGCUGAAGAAAGAAGACCGUAUGACAGAAGACCUGGGAAUAGGCCUUACCCAGAAAGAAGACCUUACGAAAAUGACGACAGAAUGACAGAGAGACGUCCUAAUUACAAAGGUAGUAGAAGACCGGGUCGACCGAGAGAUACAGAAGAAGAUCUGUACAAAUCUGUCGACGAAGACAGACCGCGCACUGUACCUCGUGAGCAAAAUAGAAAUGAAUAUAGACCUAGAGACAAAAACCGGCCCAUUGAUGAUACGGGCGAUAGGGCGCAAGAUGAAGAAAGUUCUAGGGAUGCGCCUCGGGAAGAAAGACCUAGAUCUGAGUCAAGGUACCGUAAUGAAGGUAGAACAAGAGAUGAUAUUAGACCGCGAGACGAAGUAAAGCCCACCGUCGAUAUCACUUCACCGGAUGAAAUGCCAUCCGGAAGAGGUGAUGAAAAACGUCCAAGGGAUGAAAUAUUACCCAGAGAUGAGAUCAGACCUAGAGAUGAAAUACGACCCCGAGACGAAAUACGGCCUAGAGACGAGACCCGUUCUCGGGAUGAGACAAGGCCUAGAGAUGUUAGACCCAGAGAUGACAUGAGAUCUAGAGAAGAUAAGAGGCCUAGAGACGAGACGAGAUACAGAGAUGAUAUUCGGCCUAGAGAUGAAAGAAGACCUUUGAGAGAAGAUGCGGGAAAUGAAGAUGGUAAAAGGGAUAGUAUUAAACCAAGAGAUCGGUAUCAGCCAACCGAAGGACGGCGUCUUUACAACAGAGAUGAACGACCUUACCGACGUGAGGAAAGACCUCCUUACACAAAACCUGAAAAAAAUAACGAAAGUGAGGACAAAGCACAAGAAGACAAACGACAAGUUCCAUCCGCUCCAGAAGGUCAGCCAUUGGUGAAACCUAACGGUCAUGGAAUUUUUAGCCAACCACGUAUGCCACCAAAAAUAAAACGCCCCGUUCCAGCUACUGAAAAAGAAAAAUAUGGUUACGUUCCUAUAGCUACUACGAAACCUCCGCCUAAAAUAGAUGAUGAAUAUUAUGAUGAUUACGAAGAUGAAGUAAGUAAACCGUCAUCUUCCGGAAAAUCUAGUACAAUUCAGCAAAGGCCAAAACCAGAACCAGUUGUAAAAGAAAAAUUUAAGCCUACAAGGUCAUAUUUAACAGCUCCCGGAAACCAAAAGGUCCCGAACCCGAAGAGAGUAGAAGAUUAUGAUGAUUACGAAUACGACCAACCAGCAAAGAAACCCAGUUAUUAUCAACGAAAUAGGGAUGAACGACUCGCUAAACCAAACACGAGCGACGACGACUAUUAUUAUGAAGAGGAAAAACAUGCGAGCACCGACGAACCUAAAGUUAAAGAAGAGGAUAUGGUAAUAAAGAUUAAAGAAGUCCGACCUUCUAACGUCAGAGUUGUAAAACGUCCUUUUUUACCAUCUAGGGGUGGAAGUCCCUACCUGCCCCGUGGCUUGCAGCCCGUAGCAGGUAAGGAUCUGAACAUGCCUCCCAAUACCACCCCUAAACCCACGACCACAACUACUACCACGACGACUACGACCACUACUACCUCGACUCCCCCUCCGACUACUACUCCUACAACCACAGAAGCAACAACGACUACUACUGAAAAAGUGACCACAACUUUAGGUACAGAGAAACCAACCCAUGAAGAAAAUUAUAAGCCCGAAGAAGAAUACGAAUAUUACGAUGAAGAGGAUAUUGAAUACGAAGGACAUGACAAAAAGCAACAGGAAAUUAAAGAAACUACUACAAGUGAAGUGAUAGUAACAAAGCCAACGACCACCACGAGCACGGAGGCCACGACGCCUGCGGACAAGGCGAAGGUUCUCGCCACGAAGGUGCUGAGGGUCUUCAACGAUAAUUACGAAGCCAUAAGGAGUAAGCUUCAAUCGACGCUAUCUCCAGGCGAUUACCUCAAGCCUUACCUCUCAGCAUCCGAGCCUAUAGACAAGGACCUCAGGUACAAGUCACCGCAGCUAAAACCUGAAAUUUCUAAACCUUAUACGGCGACAGGAAAACCCUUACGAGUGCCAGAGGAUUUUUCGAUAAAACAAAAUCUAGCUGAUUCAGUAGAAAACGAUUACGAUGUGGCGCUAAACGAGGCUCUUGCCUCCAUCCCUCCUAAAGUGAGGGUUCCUAGCGGCUUCGUCGUGUCCCCGGCGAGGGACUACUCCUUCACAAGGUAUAGGAACAAUUUUAACACCGAACCUCAAUUCGCGGCGUCCGAGUUGAGCAGUUUACAAACGAGAAAACGGCCACAAGUACAAGGGGUCAGCAUAAGAACACCCACCACGUUUUAUCUGCAGCCACAAAGGGUUAGUUACCAUGACGACGGCUUGACGAGGCCGCCGCGACAGCUGGUGUACCGACAGCAUCCCACCAGCAGCUUCUUCUAAGCAUUUGUCACAGGUAACCUUUGAAAGACUAGAAUGCGAACGGAACAUAAAUUACAUACAAACUUUUUACUUUUAUUACAAGGGGUUACAUGUUAGAUGAGGUGAUAAAUUAUGAAGUUAGAAGAGAUAUGGUUAUAGUUGAAUU